GAGAACAUCUCAAUAUUUGCAAAAUGCGGGUUUUGAUAGCUCUCACUGCUCUCAUGGCUGUGGCCAGUGCAGCCAGCAUCUCUUUGGAAGACCUGGAGUUUCAUUCCUGGAAAUUAAAAUUUGGUAAGAGCUAUAAAUCUGUGGAGGAGGAGGCUCGGCGUAAGAUGACUUGGCUAGAAAAUCGCAAACUGGUUCUGGUACACAACAUGCUGGCUGACCAGGGCAUUAUGAGCUACACACUUGGCAUGACCUACUUUGCAGACAUGGAUAAUAAGGAGUACAGACAGUCUGUGUUUAAGGGCUGCCUGGGAUCCUUCAACAAGACCAAGAAACACAAUGCAGCUACAUUUCUCCGACAAGCAGGAGGAGCUGUUCUGCCAGAUUCUGUGGACUGGACGGACAAGGGCUAUGUGACUGAGGUUAAAGACCAGAAGCAGUGUGGUUCUUGCUGGGCCUUCAGUGCUACAGGGUCACUGGAAGGUCAGACAUUUAGGAAGACAGGGAAGCUGGUGUCACUGAGUGAACAGCAGUUAGUGGACUGCUCCUGGAAAUAUGGGAACAUGGGAUGCGGUGGUGGCUUGAUGGACCAGGCUUUUGACUAUAUUAAGGACAACAAGGGAAUUGACACAGAAGACUCCUUCCCUUAUGAAUCCACUGAUGGGGACUGCAGGUUUAAUCCAGACACUGUGGGAGCCACCUGCACAGGCUACGUGGAUAUAACCAGUGAAGAUGAGAAUGCUCUACAGGAAGCUGUGGCAACCAUUGGACCCGUUUCCGUCGCUAUAGAUGCAGGCCACAUAUCCUUCCAGCUCUAUGUAUCUGGUGAGUCUUACACAUACAUUAUAAACCAAUCCUGUGUUACUAACCGCUCUUACAGAUGCUUCCAGAAUAAUACGGUAUGA